UUUGUAUUCAUUUGACGACCCAUUGGCUUCAUUAGAAGCAGGAUGAUUCGAUUGUCGCAGCCUGCCAGGAUGGAUGGCCGCGUCUUUCUUGUAACAGGCGCCUCAGAUGGCAUCGGGAAGCACACAGCACUACGCUUGGCCCAAACCGGGGCUACCGUACUGAUGCACGGCCGCGAGACGAACAAACUCCCGCAAGCCGUGAACGAGAUCUUCAGAGAGACUGGUAACAUGUGUUUGGAGGCGUACACGGCUGACUUGUCUACCUUGAGCCAAGUCCGGGCUCUCUCAGAGGAAAUACACCGCAAGCAUGGUCGCUUGGAUGUCCUGGUCAACAACGCCGGUGUGUUCAUGCCAACGAGGACCGAGACCGAGGACGGGUAUGAGAUGACAUUCGCUGUCAACGUCCUCGCUCCGUUCAUGCUGACCUCGCUGCUCAUGGAUCUCCUGCAAGCCGGCGAUUCAAGUCGCAUUGUACACGUCAGUUCCGCCUUGCAUCGCGAGUACCAAACCAUGAUCAGAAUUGACGAGUUGAAGGACAACAACAACAACAACAACAACAACUGGACCCACAGCAAAGGGCGACAGUCAUACGCGCAGUCCAAACUCUGCGAAGUCUUGUACACAUACAAAAUGGCGGAAGUGCUGGGUAAAGAUGCCAACGUCACUGUCAACUGCCUCCACCCCGGCCGAGUCAACACCAACCUUCUCAAACAAGCUUGGGAAGGCAAAAAGACUGGGAUUUCCUUGGAAGAAGCAGACUUGGUGUUCAGGGCCGCUACAGAUCCUGCCCUAGAUGGAGUGACUGGCAGAUACUUCGAGGACGGUAAAGACACUACAUCCAGCGAUAUUUCAUAAGAUAAAGAACAACAGGACAUGUUGUGGGACGUUUUGGCUAAUUUAACGGGUGCUGUAUAUUGAUGUUGUUUUGGUUAAGGAACUGCGUCUUAAACUUCGCGGUUCAGAUCGGCCCCGGAAUUUGGGUAAGA